GUUUGGCAGUGGCCGACCCUUUCGCUCACCACCACCACCACCAUCACCACCACCACCACGGCAAUCACGACGUCGCCGCCGCCGCCAGCGCUCUCCUCACUACCCCUUCGUCUCAAACGCCUGCCGCCUGUGCCCGUUCCGAUACCGCCCACCGCGGAGCGAGCAUGUGCGGCAUCCACGCGACCAUCUCCAGGUCUGCACAUCGCGCCCCCUCCCAGACCCUGGAGAGGCGCCUUCGGAGCCGAGGCCCCGACCACUGUAGCACCGUCCACGCACGUCUGGACGACGGCCACCACGGCGACGGCCCCGUGGACAAGGCGCUGUACCUCACCUUCACCUCGACCGUCCUGGCCCUGCGCGGAGACCACGUCGCCAGGCAGCCUCUCGUUGACGAGUCCUCGGGCUCCGUCCUAUGCUGGAAUGGCGAGGCCUGGAAGUUCCGUGGCCGCCCGGUUCGGGGCAACGAUGGUGAGGCCAUCCUGACGGAGCUGGUAGCGGCCAGUCGCCGCGGCGCCGAUGGGAGCGGCGGUAAUGGUGGUGGUGGCGGCGCCGGCGACCUCGUUCUCCGUGUGUUGCGCGACAUCGAGGGCCCGUUUGCCUUCAUCUUCUUUGACAAGCCCGCUCGCCGCCUUUAUUAUGGGCGCGACCGUCUCGGCCGCAGGUCCCUCAUGUUCGAGACGUGUGAUGGAUUCUCUCUGUCAAGCGUUGCAGAAUCCUCCUCGCAAAACUGGGCCGAGGUCGAGGCUGAUGGCUGCUAUACGCUGGACCUGAGUACUUUGUCUGAUGCUGAGAUGACACCCCACAGACAUGACUGGGCCGCAGACGAUCAACUCGUCUCGAGUCUCGGCGUGUUCAACGCCUCCACAGCAAGUGCUCGAGGCAGCUUGACUCGGAACGCACCCUCUGUAGGCUACUUACGGGACCACCUCACUGAUUCCCUGAGAUACCGCGUCCUCCAGGUGCCGGAGCCUCCCAAGACGUCAUCGACCGAUGCCAGGGUCGCCGUCCUAUUCUCCGGCGGGUUGGACUGCACCGUCCUGGCGCGGCUCACCAGUGACCUGCUGCCCUCGGACCAAGCCAUAGACCUCUUGAACGUGGCCUUUGAGAAUCCCAGGAUAGCAGCCCAGCACAAGACCACCUCUGAGCAAGGCUUGUACGAACUCUGCCCUGACAGAAUCACAGGGCGUAAGUCUUUUGCCGAGCUCGUCGCUGUCUGCCCGACGAGACGGUGGCGACUGGUCUGCGUAAACGUCCCCUAUUCCUUGACGCGCUCCCACAGGUCCGAAGUCGUCGACCUGAUAUAUCCACACAACACCGAGAUGGACCUGUCCAUCGCCUAUGCCCUCUACUUUGCAUCGCGCGGUCAGGGUCUCAGCCAGGACGGCCCGUGUUCAGAAUCGCGGCCCUACACAACGACGGCCCGCGUGCUGCUCUCGGGCUUGGGAGCUGACGAACUCUUUGGAGGGUACAUUCGCCACGCCACUGCCUUCUCCAGACGCGGAUACGAAGGCCUCAACGACGAGCUGAAGCUCGACGUUGGCCGGCUUGGCAAGAGAAAUCUUGGUCGAGAUGACCGUGCCAUGGCGCACUGGGAGCGAGAGGUGAGGUUCCCCUAUCUUGACGAGGGCCUUGUCAAGUGGGCAAUCGAAACCCCCGUGUGGGAAAAGUGCGACUUUGAAAACCAAGCCGCCGGCGGGGAUGAUGCCGUAGAACCGGGCAAACGCGUCUUGCGCCUCCUCGCCCAGGAGCUCGGCAUGCCGUUCGUGGCUGCCGAGAAGAAGCGUGCUGUAAGUUGCGAGUCUCUGUCCGCGCCCGCCCCCGCGGGGCCCCGAAUCCGGCUGCUGCGCCGUGCUAAACGGCGUUUCAGAUACAAUUCGGAGCCAGGACGGCCAAGAUGGAGAGCGGCAGGGUCAAGGGCACCACCCUCAUCGCCUGAGUGGCGGCGGCAGGGCGCAACGCGAUGCAGGUGCUCGCAGAAUCUACCUACUUCGUACCUAGGGCCUAGACGCAGAGGCACCCGGCAGUGAUGAUACCACAGAUACUUCCGAGCUGCCACACAGUAAGACGACUGCCAGGGAAGGGAUGCAUCGUGUGUUUCGCUGCUGCGGCGGCCAAACCCUUUGCUACCGACUCGGGCAAUCGCCGGACAGCAAUGACGACGUAAAGGCAAAUCUGAGCCGCGAGGGGUGCAAUGCGAUGCGAUACGAUGCGACUUUGCCAUGCGCUCCGAUGCAGCAAUCUCGAACACGUCUCACAUGCGCCCAGUCCCAUGAGAUCUGUAGUUGUUGUGAUGCAGAUUUUUUUGGUUCACCUCUCCCCCGGAAGGGACACUGAGCGGCGAUCGCAUCGGACUGCUGCCUGUGGCUUGCAUGGCUCGCAUGCCGCAAGCACGGCAUAACGCCAGCCAGCCAUGGUUGGUUUGUUUGGUUCUGGUGAAAAACGUCCAUGCUAGCCACUGCUGGGCCCCCAUGUCAUUUCGAUUUUUGUUCCUGAUCCAAUGACUUGUCAGCCUCUACUUUGCGCCUGUGUUGAGGUUUACUUUUUCAGCUCCGGUUCUAGAUCCCGCCGUUUUUGUGCUACUGGCGCCAUCGCAGCGCCGCCGUUGCCAAUUUAACACACACGAACGCUCGGAUCUGCCUGGGUCUGACCGCGCGCCCCUCUCCCGCUGAGGACCUUAGGGGCAGCUCAUGAGGCACGUGUGCUAUCGCACAUGGCCGCUAUCCGUUUCCGAUUGUCUUUCUUUAUUUUCUCUUCGUCCCAUGUGUAAAUGACAAGCGUCGUGGAUUGGCCGACGGAACCUUGCGGCCGUGCGGCGCGGCUUGCUCUCCGGCCAAUUCGACCGAUAUCAUUUGUGGCUGCGAGAUGCCGUCCGCUGAUGACCGCCACGCGGCUACGCACUUACUUGUCUGUAUUUGGUCUACGUAGCGGGAAGACCGAAUUACAGGUCAAUCGUCCGGUUCCCGAGCAAUGCCAUAUUGAGCGCCAAGCUUGCUGGCUUGACCGUCGCCAUGGCGGCACAGUUCGAGGGGCUCAGUGGCGGGAGAUUCCGCCAACUGAAAGGGGCUGAGUCUUCACCCGGGUCGUAUGGGCCGCUUACCGACAUCACGGCCUAGCUGCGAUGUGCUAAUUUGGGGACAAACAUAACAUUGCUCAUCCUCGGCAGCGGUGUUUGGAUGUUGAAUAAACCAUGGCCUGCCAUCCUGGCAAGGUCGCUGCUUGCAGCAUCGGGCACCGCUUUGACACAGUGGAGGCGACCUGCUGUGGAGGGGUACAUUGCAUGCAGUGCCACUCUCGAGGAGGAGCGGAUACGUACUUCGUAGGACUUUGUUGAUCCCGAGAUUCGUCUGUUGUCUGCCGAUGGAAGCCAGGGCC